ACAUACCUACAACAACAGCCAGUGAUAAAGAAAUUGAACGACGCGUUAUUGAUGAAAAAAUUGAAACAUGUUUAGAGUGUAAUCACAGCAGUAGUGGUAAUAAUAAUACCACUAGUGACUUGAAAACAGCAAAACACUGGUGUAAAAAAUGUAAUUCUGAACGCUUUCAAAAAAAUUUAUCAACUUGGACUAGCAGUAAUAAAGAAAUUGAUCAUUACAUAAAAACAAUACAAUUUUCUGCUACUGAUCAUUCCGAGGUGAUUGAAUGGAUUCCGUGGAACCGUUUUACAGAUAUUAGAACAAUUGGAACUGGACGGUUUGGUGUUGCUUAUUCCGCAAUCUGGUUAGAUGGAUACAUAACAGAGUGGGACAAUACAACACAAAAUUGGGCAAGAAGCGAUGUUAAAACUAAAUAUAUAAUUAAAGUUUUUGAAGAAUAUGACGAAAAAGAUUCUUUUGAUUUAUUAGCUGAGUUUUCUUCUCAUAAAAAUGGUGUUGAUGGAUUAAUUAGAUGCUUUGGAAUAUCCCAAAUUCCAGAAACUAGAAAAUAUGGAUUGGUAAUUCGCUGUUCACAAACGGAAAUGCAAUCCUAUUUAUAUGAUUCUCAACCACUUCAUAUCAACGCUACUGAAAUGCCAAAUUCACUCGGUAAACUGAUUAAUCGAUGUUGGGAUGCAAAUCCUGCCAAUCGACCAGAAGCUGAAGAAGUUUAUAUCUGGUUACAAUCUUGGCUGGAUUUGUGCAGUGAUCCGGCAACAUCAUCUGACAACAUAGGAAUGGAAUUUCGUAUCAAUGAUUAUGUAAAAAAGAAAAAAAAAGGAAUCGAAUGGAGGCAUCCUAAAGCCAUCUAUACCGACAGAGUGUUUGAAUUUAACAACCUUCCUAAACCGAUUAAUUUUUCACCAGAUACUUAUCAUAAAUUAGUUUAUCAUUAUUCAACAAUCGAUAAAAAUCAAACUACUAAAGAUGAACAACAUCUAUCAUUAUCACGUCAACCUUCUGUUUAUUUAGAAAGCGUUAAAACACCAACGGUUGUUAAUACAAGAUUCUCUGCGCCAUCAUUAUUACCACCUACCACCACCAAAAUUAUUUCUACGCAACAUAACACUUCACCAAACACUGCACCACUAGAUUUCACAAACAACAACAACAAAUUAACACAAACACCAAUGCCAGGUACCUAUAUAGAUGACGAUCAAUCUGAUUGUCUUAUUGGUUGGAAAGAAAUUGAUAAAAAUAUAUAUAAUAUGGUAAUGGUUGUCAUUCCCGAUAUUAUCAAUAUUGCAAUUCCAAAUUCUGGAAAACUUUAUAAUAAUUUACCAAUUCAUAUUAGAACAACGGGAUAUUACCAAUGUCUUACAUUUUUAAGUAUUGUAGUAGCUCUUUCGGCUAUAUAUCAAAUAAGUCAAGUAAAAUUGUUAUUAUCAGGUUCAAAAUGGCCAGAAUUACCGGAUUUACCAUCCUAUGAAGAAAAAUUUGACACAGUAAAGGAUAAUAGUGAUAAUAAUAAAAACAACACUGCUAUACAUUUUAAAAUAACUGUUUGGAUAUAUAAAAUAUUAAAUUAUGUAUUGGAUUACACUUUAAUUGGAGAAAUUUCAAUAAAUGAAAUAAUAUUAUUGGUGAUAUUUAUUACUUUGAAUCUGAUAUUUUUAUAUCUACCAUUUCAAGAUGGAAUUAGUACGGUGCCAGAUCUAUAUAAUAGAAGUGCAUAUAUAGCAUUAGCAAAUGCAGCAUUUGUAUUUCCAUUGGCAACGCGUAAUUCAGUAUUUGUAGUAUUAUUUGGGGUACCAUUUGAAAGAUUAAUCACAUUUCAUCGAUGGGUUGGUAAAACAAUUUUUUUGUUGUUAACAUUUCAUGGUUCAUAUCAAAUGCAACAAAACUUCAAUUCAUUAUCACAAAUAUUUUCAGAUAAAAUUAAUUUAUGGGGAUUUUUGUCCUAUGUUUCAUUGUUUAUAAUAUUUUUGACAUCUCAUCCAUUAUUUCGUAGACGUUUCUUUGAAUUUUUUUAUUGGUCACAUUUUAAUUUUAUCUUUUUUGUGAUAUUCGGCGUAUUACACAAUGAUAACUUUAGCACAUUCACUUGUGUCGGUGUUGGAUUAUAUGUAAUUGAUCGAAUAAUUAGGUCUUUGAUAGGAUAUAAGGAUGUUAAAAUAAUAUCGAUAGAAGCAAUGCAAGCCAACGUAACAAAAGUGGUAUUUGAUUUCAAUUAUUAUUACUCGGCAGGUCAAUAUAUGUUUAUAAAUAUACCAAAUUUAAACCAACCAACAUCAUUGAUUGCAUGGCACCCAAUUUCAUUUUCUUCCUCCAAAAGUAUUAUCAACGCGCAUGACGAUGAUCAUAAUAGUGACAAUAAUAACAAUAUGGCAAUCGACGGGCCUUAUGGCAAACCUAGUCUUGAUUUUGCACAAUAUAGUACAGUCGUGUUAAUUGGUGGAGGAAUUGGAGUUACUCCUCUGAUUAGCAUAUUAAAUGAUUUAAUUAAUAGACAACUUACAAAUAUUCCAUUAAAAACCCAAACAAUCCAUUUUUGUUGGUUAAUACCUCAUUUAGAUUCUUAUAGUUGGUUUGAACUUGAAUUACAAGAAUUAAUAUCAAAGAGUCGAGCAUUACCAAAUAACAAAUAUUUAUUAAACGUCAAGAUAUUUUUGACUAAAUCAACCACAAUAUCAACACCACUGUCUUCGUUGUUCUUCCUCGGUAGACCUGAUUUUAAUUUGUUAUUACGUGACGUUAAACAAUAUCAUGUGGCUGGCGAUAUUGCAGUUGGUGUUUGUGGACCAGCCAUAAUGAGGAGGAAAGUUAGAAAUGCUUCUGUGACCGAGAGUGAUGAAACUUGUUUAUUUAAAGUUCAUUAUGAAACGUUUGAGCUAUAA